GUGAACCCUAGGCACAGGAAGGCCAAGAACAAGGGUCAGGGUAUGGUGAUAGGAAUUGACUUGCAGACCAUCCAUCCACUGCCUGGUGCCACUCUGCUAGGUGGGAGAGACUUCACCUCACCACAGACACAGCAGCAAAUACUGGAACUCCUCAGCAGCAGAAAGAUUGAUGUUGUGCUGUCAGAUAUGGCACCAAAAGCUUCAGGCAUAAAAGACUUGGACCAUGAGAACAUCAUCAGACUGGCCUAUGCUGCUCUUGGGUUUGCUAUUCAGAACACAGCAGAGGGAGGCAGCUUCUUGUGCAAGGUGUGGGAAGGGUUCCUGAUACAGCAGCUGAUCAGUGACAUGAAGAAAUCAUUUAGGACAGUGAAGGUUGUGAAGCCACCAGCAAGUAGGGGAGAUUCAUCUGAAAAAUUCUUGGUUGGGAAAGAAUUAUUCUAUGAGCCAGACACAUGAUACAGUAUGUGACAGUGCAUAAAGGGCCUAUCACACAGCAAAAUUUCCAUUCUUCAGUCAGACCCAGGAUUACCGCUGGUAUGGUCCUCAUUAUUGACAAUUGACAGGGUAUCCAUAGUCUUCUAAUGCUAUAGUAGAUUUCACCAGAGGACCACAAUUUUUGUUUUGAUACCCUGUUGAAUACUGAUGACUAAUAUAAACAAUAUGACUAAUGAGAGAAACAUGAUGCACUAUGAAAAUGCUUGAUGCAAGUCACUGGUGUUUUGCUUAAUAUUAGUUAGCCAUGGAGUAUGGUAACAUGUCUGCAAAGGUCGUGGUAAAGUCAUGCUUGUUUCCCAUUUAAUGAUAUUUGUGUUUAAUUUACAUCUAGGACAGCAGCUGUUUCAUUCAAUUUAAAAACAUUGUUUGGCACACCAGACACACUAUUUGCCUUUUUUAUACCUAUAUUGGGAGGUGUAGCAGAGAAGUAAAGGGUAAACCUUGGUUAGUCUGGGAAAAUAGCUAAUUUGGGACAGCUCUAGAACAGAGCCUCAAACUUUUUUUUUCCUUUUUUUCUUUUUUUACUUAGUGAUGCACUAAAGGUACAUUUUGGAUUUUGACAUCCCUGUAGUUAGUGUAGUGUGGGUCUACUAAAAGGCUCAAACUUAAGAAUACAUACCUAUCAAGGAAAAUUAGGCAGCAUGCUUUAGUGAUAAUCAUGGCUCACAAGUAUCUUUGGCUCUUAGAGCCAAAGAUACUAAGUUUUGAUGGCCAACUUGUAUUGCACUGAUGAAUACCUUUAAUUUUAUGAAACAUGCCUUGUUUUCUUAUAUGCUAGAAACUGACUGAAGAAAAUGUAAAUUGGCAGCUCUCAUUCUAUGGGAACAAGAGGUCAUUCAAUUUGAAUAAAGUAUGCUUUUCUCU